CCCGCCAAUACCCAGAAGGAACUGAGAAGACCGUUUACCUUCUUGAUUCCCGCUUCCCAAUGGAAACCAUCGACCGUGUCUUCUUUGAAGAGACUGGAAUGAAGGUUGCUGUAACUGGAACCCUCCGUCGCCCACUUGUUGCUUUCUUCGAAGAAGGAUACAAGACCGUCCUUGUUGGUGAUAACCUCAUCCACAUCUGGUACGAGCCUAAGACUGAGAACGUUCGCGAAAUCGUCUUCAACAUGGAAAUGGAACUCUUCGAGCCCGUCCAAAGAAUGGAGAAGCCAACUUUCGAGAGCUUCUUCGAGAAGAACACCAUGAACAAGUACAACUCUGAAGAAGAACAAGACUUCGAACUCGAGAAGGUCAACUACAAGACUGAAUCCGAAGAUGUCCGCCGCAAGGAGUUCACCAAGUACACCAAGAACCUCGAAAUCGUCAAGGCUUACAAGCACAGCAUCGUCUUCAAGGUC